AUGCAGACGGCGGGCGACGCGGUGGUGGUCGGCGUCGAGAAGGCGCCGCCCCCGCGGCUUAAGGCCGCCGGAAACAAGGUUCGCGCCGCUGUGAGAUUUGCACACAUCCCGGAGAACGAGCGGUACACAAUCACGACCAACAUGACACGGAGAACGACACAGUUCAUCGAUGUGACCGCUGCGAGUGGCGCACAAGGCAAGGGAGCGUCCAUGUUCUCCGCCAUCAUCUCCAUCGCAGCAACGUGCAUGGGGACCGGGAUCCUCGCAUUGCCAGGGGCAUACGCGGAGGCUGGCUUGUUUGGCGGUUGGGCACUCGGUAUUUUGGGGGCCUGCCUGGCCUGCCUGGCUAUCUUUCUGCUCGAAUCCGCAGCCAUGCGAGCGGGGCUGGAGCUACCGACGAUGUUUGACCUGUGCAAUGCCGUGCUGCCGGGCUCGGGGGCCUUUGUGUCCAUCUGCCUCGUCGUCUUUGUGAUUGGCGCGGCUCUGACGUACGUGAUCGUCGCCGCAGACAAUGUCACGAGCACCUUCCCUCAGAUCCCGCGCAAGGUCUUUCUCCUCGCGUCGGCGUGCUACUAUGUGCCCCUCUGCUUCCUGCGUUCGAUGGACUCUUUGCGUAUCGUCUCGCUCCUCUCGGUGAGCUGCCUCAUGCUCGCCGUGACCACGAUCCUCAGCUUCUACGUCGCGCCUUCCCUGCUCGACCCCUGCGGCGGACAGGGGGUCAGCGACCCGCCCGCAUCCUCGGUGUUCAUGUCGUCGCCUUGCAAGGCGGCGUGUUUGGACGAUCCAGCGGGAACGUGUACAUCGGAGAUCGUGCUGCUCGGCUCGACGGCGCAGUGCUUUGGCAAGCUGCCCUCCUUCAUCCUGGCCUACUUUUGCGUUCACAACACGUUCACCAUCCUGGCGGAGCUGGAGGAGCCGACCCCGGUGCGAAAGGCCAAGACAGUUGGCCUGGCAAUGGCACUAAUCUUUUCCUUUUACUCCAUCGUGGCCACAGCCGGAUACCUCACGUUUGGCAGCCUCGUCUCGAGCAACGUGCUCAACUCCUACCCGGCGGAUUCUGUUGCGGUUGCCGCCGUGAGAGUCGCGCUCGCCGUCGCCGUGCUUAGCACCGUGCCGUUGCAGGCCUACCCGUCUCGCCUCAACGUCGUCUCAGUGAUCGAGAUGUGCACGAAGCGGAAGGAGGAGCGCAUCGGGCCGCAGCGCAGCAUCAAAAUGACGAUUAGCAGCUCGCUCAGCACCAACCUCCCUGCGACGCUCGCAACCUUUAGCACGGUAAUCUCGCUCAAGGAGGCGCCCGAGACCGAAGCGCUCGGGGACUCGCUCUUCAUCACGUCCACCCUCGACCGCGUCGCCGUGCUUGCGUACGUUUCUGUCGUCGUCGGAAUCGCACUGUUCGUCUCCGACCUUGGCACCGUCGUCGACUUUCUCGGCUCGACUUCUGGGGACCUUAUUUUCCUCAUCGUGCCCUCGGUCACCUUCAUCCUCGCCGGGGAGAAGCUACGCACGGCGAUCCGCGCGCCAAUAACAUGGGCUGCGGCGGCCCUUGGCCUUCUCGGAGUCGCUGUCAUGGCCAAGUUCUUGGCAGACAAGUUUGUAUGA